AUGCUCGUGACGACGCGCAACAUCUCCUUCGUGACCGCCGUCGCAGCUGCGCUGUGCGCAGGCUCCAUCACGGCCUUUUCGCUGUACGGGCACCUUUUCCAAGAGCGCCUGCACUACUCGCAGUACCAGGUCAAUGGUGUCGCGAUGGUGGCGAGCUUCUCGCUCUACCUGCCUGUGCCGUUGUUCGGCUAUACAUGCGACCGAUACGGGCCGGCGCCGCUGUCUGGGCUCUCGGCUGGGCUCUUUGGUGUGGGGUACGGGCUCGCGGCUGGACUGUACAAGCACGGCGCAGAGGGGAGGUCCGGGUCUGGGCCCGACCGGCUCUCCUAUGCAGCUAUGAUCUUUGCCUUCAUCCUGAUCGGCAUCGGCUCCUGCGCUCUCUACAUAGGCUCCGUGGCCACAUGCGCCAAGAACUUUGGCAAGGGCAAAUAUCGGGGUCUGGCGCUGGCCGUGCCCAUCACAGCGAUCGGGCUCAGCGGGCUGUGGCAGAGCCAGGUCGGGAGCAGGCUGCUGUACGAGAGGCUGCCGGACGGUACCAGGGGGGACGUCGACUGCUUCUUGUUCUUCCUCUUCCUCGCCAUCCUGCUCUUCACGGUCGGCUUGCUCGGCUCGUUCACCAUGAAGGUCAUCGAUGAGCAGGAGCUUAUCGACGAGGCUGUCGAGGAGCUCGAGCGCAGCGGUCUCCUGGACGGCAGCGCGCUGUUUACACCUUCGCGCCCCGCCGGUGGCUACGGAACUCUUGAGCAUGUCGAACCGGUGCCCAUCGACGAUGACGACCAUGACAACAAUGGGGAAGAUGCCGGGCUUCUGGACCCAGCCAAGGACUUUGAGGACGAUGCGAGAUUCAAAAAGAACGUGGUGCUCAAUGCAGAGACACGGCGUUUCCUCGGCGACCACACGAUGUGGUUCUUUGCUGCAGGCUUCUUCCUAGCUAUUGGUCCUGCAGAGGCCUUCAUCAACAACAUGGGGACCGUCAUCAAGACGCUGUACCCUCCCACGGAGGCGCACUUGCACCUGGGCCCUGCCACCACGGCCGCCACCCACGUCUCCAUCAUCUGUGCGACCAGUACCGCCGUGCGACUGCUCGUUGGUGUGCUCACAGACCUGCUGGCGCCCAGUCCCACCACACAGCACUUCCAGUUCCCCUCCACGGAGCGUUCUACGCCCACCAUGCUCCAGCGGAUCAAGUUCUCGGUGUCUCGCAUCACAUUCCUCCUCUUCUUUGCUCUUAUACUAUCGCUCGGCCUGGCAGUGCUGGCCUCGGGCGCGAUCCAGAACCACGGAGAGCGCUUCUGGAUUGUCUCGGCCAGCGUGGGCGCAGGCUACGGGGCGCUCUUCUCCCUCGCACCCAUCAUCGUCACCAUCAUCUGGGGGGUGGAGAACUUCGGCACCAACUGGGGCAUCGUGGCGACAUUCCCUGCGGUGGGCAAUGCGCUCUGGGGCUCUGUCUAUUCUGCCGUGUACCAGGCCGGGGCGGAGAGGAGCCCCAACCCUCCCGGUGGCGGCGACAUCGCUGAUGACGGCGAUCUUUUUUGUUAUGGGACGCAGUGCUAUUCUGUGGCGUACUGGGGCAUGGCGGGCAGCGUCUGGCUUGCGUGCCUGCUUGUGCUGUGGGCGUGGAGAGGGAAGAAUGGGUGGGCCAAGAGGGGUAUUGUGAUUUGA